AUGCUUCUCUUGCUCUUUCUUUCUUCCUCUGUCUCUUCUUCAUCAAUAUCUCUAUCCUCUUCUUCUUCUCCGAUUCCUUCCCCUCCAUUAUGUUACACUGAUGACAGCAAUGCUUUGCAUCAAUUCAAGAACUCAUUUUCAAUUAUCGAUUAUAACAACAAAUAUUGUGGUCGUAAUGUUCCUCCUAUGACAAUCUCUUGGAAAAUUGGAAAAGAUUGUUGUGCAUGGAGUGGAGUCACCUGUAAUAACAUAACAGGUCAUGUGAUCAGCCUUGAACUUAACUGUGGCAUGCUUCAGGGAACUAUUCAUUCCAACAGUAGCCUGUUCCUUCUCGGCCAUCUCCAAAGUCUAAUCCUCUCAGGAAAUGACUUUAGAGGCUCCACAAUUCCACCUGAAUUUGGCAAGCUUGUGGAUUUGCUCAACCUUGAAAUCAGCAUGCUUUGGGGAAUUAUUCAUUCCAACAGUAGCCUUUUCCUCCUUCGCCAUCUCCAUACUCUAAUCCUCUCAAGCAACGAUUUCAGAGGCUCCACCAUUCCCCCUGAAUUUGGUAAGUUUGCAGAUUUGUUGCACCUUCGAGUCUGGUCUGUUAAUUUGUCAGGAGAUAUACCACUUGAAAUAUCCUACUUAUCUAAGCUUCAAGCACUUAAAGUUUUUGAUGAAAAUCAACAAUUGAGACUAAACACAUCUACUUUUAAAAGAAUUGUCACAAACUUAACCAACCUCCAAAAUCUCACUCUGUAUUCUGUUGAUAUGUCUCGUGUUGAUCCUGCUUCUUUGAUGAAUUUAUCAUCUUCUUUGAAAUCUCUUAAACUCUGGUCUUAUGGGUUACAAGGGAAUUCACCCAAUACCAUUUUCCACCUACUAAAACUUGAAAUCCUUUCCUUAGAUGGUAGUGAAAAUCUGACCGAUUCUCUACCUAAAUGUAACUGGAGCAGUUCACUCAGGGCAUUGUCUCUGACAAAUUUCUUAAUAGAUAUACCUAAUCUAAUUAGAGAUUUGAAGUCAUUGGAAAUGUUGUCCCUUAGCAACUGCAGGUUUAGAGGAUCAUAUCCUGUUUUGUUUGGUAACCUUACACAACUUACUUCCAUAGCCCUCUCCUACAAUGAUAUCAGUGGCUAG